AUUGCACAGGAAGGCGGGAGAAGCUGAAGAGACCGGGCUGAGCCCCGCACAUGCGUACUGCCGAGUUCCUUGAGUUCCGCUUCCCGGCCCGCUGGUGGGUGCGGGGCUGUGCGGGGAAGAUCCAACUGUGUAUCUGUGCCCGCUCACCUUUGGGAAAUGUCCAACGUUUCCAGUUAUGCCCUUCGAAUGGCCCGUCUGAGUGCUCAGAUCUUUGGAGAAGUUGUCAGGCCGACUGACUCAAAAUCCAUGAAGGUUGUGAAGUUAUUCAGUGAGCAGCCUAUAGCCAGAAGAAAGGAGGUCUACGACUGGUAUCCUCCUCACAACACCUACUAUGCCCUCAUGAAGAAACUCCGUUUUCUUGGUCUCUACAGAGAUGAGCAUCAAGACUUCAAAGAGGAGAUGAGGCGGUUGAAAAAGCUCCGUGGAAAGGAAAAACCAAAGAAGGGUGAAGGAAAGAGAGCUCUCAAGAAGAAAUAGUGCCCCUUGGACAAUAGAACAACUGUGGAAAUGCCGAGGAACACCUGUAACCCACAGUUUCUCUUCCUAGAUGGAGGGGGUUUAGCAUGUGAGCUUCAUUUGGAGCACAAGAAACACGUUGUGAAAUACUGGAAUCCACCUUGGGAGUGCAUUUGGGUCAUAGUGUUUUGCUGGGUGUUAUUAAUUCCUAUGUUUGAAAUAUUCUGGAUGGUGUAGCACAUUUGUUUAUUACAGAGCCUUGCUGUACCCAAAUAGCAACAACAACAGUUGGAAAAGAAAUAAGUCUCAGUGUUUUUCUUGGAUACAUCAGCAGCCAUGUUCCAGUUUUUGUGGAUCUGGGAAAUGUCUUUUUUUCCUCUUUUACUUUCUUGCAUUGCUCUCAAUGCUGUUUUGCAUGUGGCCAUGAAAAGAAAAGGUGCUUCCUACUUCUGCUGCUUGUUAUCUUGCCUAUUAGGUUGAGUUUUGCCGCAGGUAGCUUUAACAUUGAUUAUCUUUUUAAAGCUGCUGUUAGAAUAGGUGUUUUGCGCUGGGUAAUCCUUGGUGUUCCAUUGCCUGCCUGCAGAGCUCUCACUGUACCUUGAAUAUUUAGAUACUGCAUAGAAACAACUGAAAAAUAAGGGCUGAAGCUGCUUUCGGGACCCUGUACUAAUUAAAAUACAUUAUUUAGACAUAGUGUAGUAAAAGGAUCUUGAAUAUAGUCCAGUUGCCUAGAGGACUCGUGAAAUGCUUCAAAAGGUACAAAACAAUUUUAUAGACACACACUAAGUGUUUUUUAUAGCUGUGCUCCUUCAGUGUUGUUAAUAAUUAUGUAUGUAUACCAUGUUUACCUGUCACUCACUGUCAGGGAACACAAAGCAUAGAAUGUAACUCCGCUGCUUUGUGUGACCACACGUACAUCCUGCCCAGAAGUGCCUUGAAACUACAUCGUUAAUUUCCAGGCCCCAGGAACCUAAAAGAACAGCCCUAAGCUACUGAAGGAGAGCUAUUGAAACCUUAGAAUGACUGGGGCAGAAAGGGUUGUGCAGUAAGCUUGGGGUGUGCUUCAUUUUUGCAUACAGAGUCAUUCUAAAGCAGGUAACUACUGACCUGGGGCCACUUCUUAACCAACCUUGUUGAAAUGUGUUUUGAGAGGGGCUUGUCUGAUGGGUGAAAUUCGUGGAUCUACAUACAUCUGUAAUAGCUUUACAUUUUUACUUCACUAAGGUUAUGAAUUCAUCUAAUGCCAUUUGUGUUAAUGGCUGUAUGGAGAUGCUGUAGGGUCAGAUUAACUGUGGUGGCUGUGGACUGCUGGUGCCUGUAGUAGCAGCAGCUGUGUCGGCCAGGACUCAGCACCUUCAGAAAUAAAACUGAAAAUCAAACGUU